UUCACCAUUUUGCGACUGUAGAGUAGAAUGUACAGAGCAGUCAGUAGUUUUUCCUCCUUUAAGUUGCUUUACAGAAGAAAGAUAAUGUGACAGUCUGUUAAAUGUCAAUCCUGGAUAUCCGACUAUAGGCCUACUAACGAUUUCGCUACUGACUCGAUAAAUAUCUGCAUUGAAAAUAAUUUUGUGGGUCUGGAAUAAGGUGGAAAGAGCUGGAGAAACAGAAAGAGGAAAGGAAGAGAAGAGAGAGAGGAGCUGGAAGAGCAGGGAAAUAGAGGGAGGAGAGAGGAACAAAGAUUCUGGAAAAUUAAGCCACUGUAAAUAGUCAAGAAACCUCCCAAUGCAGAGAUGAAGCCGAUUAAAAAGCAAGGAAGGCGCUCGCCCCCGUCGACCCGAGCCAAAGGGGGGAAGAGACGGGGGACAGGGGACAGUGGAGAGAAAAGAGACUCGGACGAGAACAGAGACCGAUCCCCCAAAAGUCAGACCUCACCCCAAACCUCAUCUCACUCAGAGUCUUCUCAGGAGGAGUCGGUGACACUCACAACGAUGGCCACGCCAGAGAGGGAGGGCCACAGAGAGGGGCCCCGGGUCCCAGAGACAGCGGCCGCAGCAGCAGGGCCCCUCCCUGGGAAGUCGGAGGACUCCCUCCCAGGGAGCUUCAAAUCGCUGAGCGCCCACAGCACAGACAGCAGCAGCAGCGCCACCAGCGCUGCCAACAGCCCCAACCCCUCGUCCAACCGCAAGACGGCCACCUUCAAGGCCCGCGUCCCCAAGAAGAAGUACACCUCUGAGCACUGUGCUGCCGCCGCCGCCGCCGCUGCCGCCGCCAACCACGGAGGCCCCGGCAACACAGGCGCGCCUCCACUGAACAGAAAUAGUGCUCACAGUGACAGUAAUGCCGGAAGUCAGUUGUCGAGCUUAUCUUCGGGGCCCGGGUCAGCGGCGAGGGAGGGCGGUUCGCUCACUGACAUCAACAGUCAGACCAGGAGACCAGUGGAGGACUACAUUACCACUAUAGCUCCACCACAGGACAGGGACAACACACCUGGACCCCCUCCCACAGGGGACAGAGACAGGAGAGGCCCAGAGGGAGGCAGAGAAAUCUCCCCCAGCCCUGUCCGCUGCUCCUCUACUGACACGGCCAGCGAACACGACCUAGACGUGAGCGAGCCACACCGCUCCAACUCUCACCACGCCAACCCCACCCCCGAAGCACACACCCUGGCCCUGGUGCAACGUAGCACCCCGCAAACUCCGACCCCACAGAGCCUGUCGGACGCGCUAGCCGACGCCCUGGCCAAAGGUCUAAAGAACCAGCGGGUGCUAGCCAGGCAGGCUCGGAGGAGGACUGUAAAGGGGGAAGAGGAGAACGGAGGAGGGGGUAGGGAGAGCAUGGACUCAGUGUUCAGAGCGGGCGUGGUUCGGCGGGUGAGCGGCGAGCACGGCAGCCUGGAGGUGCAGCUGAACGACGAGAAGGAGCUUUACCGCUACCCAUUUCGUGAGGGCGCCCAGGGACCCGUGGACAUUAUCAUGGACGCCCCGCCGCCCGGCUCCCAAGCAGUCCCCAUCGGCACCCCUGUGUGCGUGCCCUUCGGAGGCAACGAGGACGGCGGCACCACAGAGGCCCAGCGCCAGUGGUACCGAGAGGGCCUGGUCACCCAGGUGGACUCCCACCCGGCUGUGUCCUACCCCUAUAGAGUGUUAUUAGAGGAUAGAGUGCCCCCAGGGGAUGAGGAAGGGGAUGGCAGGGUGGGCACUCCGACCGCUGUGUGGGUGUCCCGCCAGAGCCUCCGCCUGCUGGUGCCCCCCUGGGACCUGGACCUGGGACCCUGCGGAGGGGGGCGAGAGGAAAGCGAUGCCGCCGCCAAGAGAGGGCGAGAGAGGGAGAGAGAGAAAGAGGACAGGGAUGAGAUAGAGGUGGAGCAGGAGCUGUGUCGCCUCAGCCGUGGGAUGGGGCUCAGCGCGACUGUGGCUGGGUCCGUGUUGGGGAGGCUUUCAUACCCUGGAACGGCCCCCGCCUCCUCGUCUUCCUCCACUGUCAGCUCCCCCGUCACCCCCGCCUCGGUGCUGAGUCUGGUGCCCGGAAGAGACUGGGAGCGAGAGAAGGACCUGGUGGAGAGAGAGCGGGAGCUCCAGAGGAAACAAGAGAGAGAUAACCGAGAGAGGGCCAAGCAGCACCACCACUUCAUGCCCCUGACCCCCGAGGAGGACAUAGAGGUGUCUCACUUCAGCAUGGUGCCCAUGGGGGCGGCGGGGGGGGCGGUCAACACAGGCCCACUGACGGUGUCCCAACACAGGCACAUACUCUCCAAGCCGCCCCCGGGCUACCUCAGCCCCCACCUGUCUGUGGUCCGGAGCCUCGGAGGCACCCCGCUGGUGGGCCCCCACCUGGCCCUCAACCCCCACCCCCCUCCCUCCCCCACGGUGCUACUGGGGCUUGAGUCGGGAGCACUGGCAGCGGGGGCGGCCGUCAUCGCCACCUCUCAGCUCCCUCCUCUGUCCUCCUCAUCCUCCCGCGGCUCCCUGGAUAAGCCGCCCUCUUCAAACUCCAACUCCCACGGCGCAUCUGGAGGGGGUGGAGGCUCGGGUUCGACUUCCUCGUCGCGCUCCCGCACCCCGCUCACGGCGGCCCAGCAGAAGUACAAGAAGGGCGACGUGGUGUGUACCCCCACGGGCAUCCGCAAGAAGUUCAACGGCAAGCAGUGGAGGAGGCUGUGCUCCAGAGAGGGCUGCUCUAAGGAGUCCCAGAGAAGAGGCUACUGCUCGCGUCAUCUCUCCAUGAGAACUAAAGAGAUGGAGGCCAGCGGAGGGGGCAGAGACCGUGGCGGGGCCAGCAGUACGGGCACCCUAACCCCGUCAGAUCUGAGGCUGGGCGGCGGCCGGACCAGUUCAGAGUUCGACUGGGACAAUACGUCGCGAGACAGCAGCGAAGCGAGCAGUAGGGGAGGGGAUUCACGACCCCGCCUGGUCCUGCCCUCGCUCCUGCCCCAGGACUUAUCACGCUUCGACUUUGAUGAGUGCGAGGCGGCCACAAUGCUGGUAUCUCUGGGCAGCUCCCGCUCGGGCACGCCUUCCUUCUCUCCCAUCUCCAACCAGUCGCCCUUCUCGCCCACACCGUCGCCCUCGCCUUCCCCGCUCUUCGUCUUCCGCCCGGCCACCUUCAGCCCCAUCACGGCGCCGCCUUCGCUCACCCCUCGCCGCCACCGCCACCUGAGCGGCACUAAGGUGGGUACGCCGGGCUCGGAGCGCGAGCGCCACCUGUCGGGCAUCGUACCCACCUUCCAGACCAACCUCACCUUCACUGUGCCCAUGAGCCCCAGCAAGCGGAAACUUGAUGCCCUUCCUCCGCCCCUGCCCCUCUCUGCCCAGGAUUACUCCAAGUCCGACCAGCAGUUAGGGGAGAAUAUAGGCCUAAGCCCAGCCGCCUUCAGGGUGCUCUCUCCUCAAAGCCAGCCCACCACCCCCUCCUCACUCUCCUUCCCCCGGCCCCGGAGCGCCACCAGCCGCCCCCCGUCCUCCGCCGCCUCCACCCCCCCGCCAAUGCUGGUGUCUCCCACCCCUCCCUCUCCCCUUCCCCAGGACCCCAGCCCCCGCCGCGUCGUGCCCCUGCGAGACUCCCCCGUCAUCGUGCGGAACCCCGACGUCCCCCUGGCCAAGUUCACAGAUGGACCCCUGGUGAGGAGGGGAGGAGGAGGCCGCUCCUCCAGAGAGCACAGCCAGCCCCUGCACCUUGCCACCGGCCUCCAAGCACCCGUGCCCAUCAACGGCGCCACCACCAAUGGCGCAGUCCUCCUGCGAAACCCCGCCUCCACCCUUGUCCUUGUAACCUCCUCCCAGUCCCUGACCCCAGCCGUCGCCGGACACCCUGCCCACUCCAGCCCCACCCUCAGUGGUGGCUCCGCCUCCAUCUCCUCGACUGGCUCCGCCCUCUCCAGCUCUGGAUCAGGAGGAAGGGAGUGGGAGAGGAAGCCCGGCGGGCACCAGGACGCCAUUGGAGGGGCAUUGCCCCAGCCGGUAGCCUGCCACCCCUCUCCAACCGCCCUGCUGCCCCUCAUCCUACCAGCCGAGUCCCCUCACCCUGCACCCCGCAAGGACAUCAUCAUUGGACGACCCGGGACAGUAUGGACCAAUGUGGAGCCUCGUUCAGUGCCAGUGUUUCCUUGGCAUUCAUUGGUCCCUUUCCUGGAGCCCAGCCAAUCGAGUGCGGCUGCCCAGCCCGCUGAUGGCCAACAGCUUGUCAAUCAGAGCAAAGAGCCCCGUUGUGGGGUGGCCGUAGUGAGUGACGGAUGGGUGGGUCCACCAGACGCAGAGCAAGGGUCUCCAUCCCGCCCACCACCCUCCUCCAAUGACAACGACCCCCCAGCUGGAAGAGCAGAAAGAGGUGGAGCCGACAGCGAGACGGAGAGCGAUGCAGACGACCCGUUUUUUCCGGGUGUAGCCAAUGAUCCUGCCCCGUCUACGGGCCCUAUCAAGAGGCGCACUCAGUCCCUCAGCGCCCUUCCCAAAGAUGGAGACAGAAAGAGGGAAAAGGACCACAUUCGGCGGCCAAUGAACGCGUUCAUGAUUUUCAGCAAGCGUCACCGGGCACUGGUUCAUCAGAGGCACCCCAACCAGGACAACCGCACGGUCAGCAAGAUCCUGGGCGAGUGGUGGUACGCCCUGGGGCCCAAAGAGAAGCAGAAGUACCACGACCUCGCCUUCCAGGUGAAAGAGGCUCACUUCAAGGCCCACCCAGACUGGAAGUGGUGCAACAAGGACAGGAGGAAGUCUAUCUCUGAGGGCCGAGAGACCCCAGGGGCCAAAGAGGCCCGCGAGAGGAGCAUGUCGGAGAGCACAGAGCCUGAGUCAGUCUCUCAGGGAAUGGAGGUGAAGGGUGCGGCAGGCCCGGACUGGCCUGGGGGCUCUGAGCGUCAUGCGGGGGCCUACAGUGGUCAGCUCCCUCGCCCCCGGGCCUUCUCCCAGAGUGCAGUACACAGCCUGGAGAGGAGGGAGCGGGCCAGAGAUGUGGAGAAGUUGUGUCGAGAUGGGGCAGGCUCAUUCCGCAGCCGCCCCCCUACUCUCUCCCUGACACAGUGUGGGGCCAGCGAGGACGUGACCAGCGACGAGGAGCGCAUGGUCAUCUGUGAGGAAGAGGGGGACGAUGAUGUCAUGGAGGACUCGUGCCCUGAGGGAUCCAUAGACCUCAAGUGUAAAGAGAGAGUGACUGAUAGUGACGAGGAUGAGCCGGAUGGACAGCGAGUCUUCCAGCCAGUGGUCCGCUCCUCUCUCCCCUAUGCCACCAGCACCUCCCACGCCGACUCUCACUCCGACUCUACCAAGGGGAACACAGGGGGGAGCACUGGAGAGAGCUCUGAGAGGAAGAGAAAACGAGGGAUGGAGGGAGGAGAAGAGGGAAGUGGAGAAUCCAAAAGAGGAGGUGGAGGGGGGCAGGUUCCCUCUAAUUCCAUCCCUGGAUCGGCGCCCAUCACCUCGACCCCCGCUCUGGGUUAUGGACUCACCCAGGUGCUCGGUGCAGUCCGGAUGGCCCCCACCAUGGUGACCAAUGUGGUAUGCCCCAUCGCCAGCACGCCCAUCCCUAUCACCAGCAAGCCAAUGGAAGGUCACAUCGCCCUCAGUGCCCUCCCUGGGGAGAAGAAAGCCACGCUUCUGAUUGGUGGACCGGGAGCAGUAGGUGGGCCUAUCACAGCAGGGGGUGGGUACUUGUCCUCGUCCUCUCCCAAUCCCGUGAGUGUGGGGCCGGGGGGGCUGCAGGUCACCAGUCUAGUGCUGGGAGGAGCUUUCCCCAACCAGUCUAUACAGCUCAUAGCCCCGCCUCAGCAUCUCUUAAGUCCCACCCACAGCACCCUGCCACUUCCCCUCCCCCUGCUGCAGCCCCAGUUCCUUCCUGCCGCCUCUCUCACCUCCGCUGGCGAUGCCAAGCCUGGCCUCACCCAGGUGCAGUACAUCCUGCCCAUCCUGUCUUCUGUCAGUGCCAACCCCAAGAGCCCCUCCCCCCAGCUAACCCAGCAGCCAACCGGCAUCCUCACGCUGCCCUCCACUCCGCCCACCCAUGUCUUCCAGGCCAAUGGAAUACAUUCGGGGGCAGGAGCGGGAAUAAGAUAUGCCGCAGUGGGAGGGGUCAGUCCUGGAGCAAGAGCCCAAGCCCAGUCUCCAGUCUUGCAGAGCAAGAUGUUGGUUCCCAUGGCAACAGUGAGAACAGGCUCUACUCCUCCUCAGCCCAUCUCCCACGUGGCCCCUCCCCUUCCUGUGCAAAAUGGUGCUCUACCAGGAAACAAGAUCAUCCACAUCGCCCCCAUGCCAAUGGUCCAGACAAAUGUCCACCCUGCUGGAGCAGUGCAUCCUGGGAGUCCCUUCCCUGUAUCCAUGGCAACAGCCACUGUGAUGACUCCGGGCAUCAAACCCCCUCAGACUGUGUUGCUGACCUCGCCUCCAACAAGGAUCACUUAUGUCCAAUCCAGCACUGGAGUGGUCUCCACGGCAACGGUCCAGGCCCCUCUCUCUCCAGGACCCACCUACCUGCCGUCGUCCCUGACGUCUCUGGGCUUCACCGCCAUUGCUCCGGCCGGCCAGGCCCUGAUGCAGCCUCUCGUAGCGGGCCAACCGCCCUUGCUAGCCCCAGCCCUUUCCCCUGGAGCCCCGGGGACGGGACGUCAACUCCUCACCGCCAUCUACCCGGCCCCAAGCAUCACCCUAGCGUCAGGUGUGGUCGUGACCUCCGUGCCCCCCAAUUUGGCUCAAGAAGUGUCUGGCCAAUCAUCAGCCUCGGCUGUCGGCGUGCAGGGUUCAAAGGACGUGACCCGGUCACAUGAAGAGGGAAUGCCACACCUGACUGCAGAGUUGGAGCAAAAGUCACAGGUGGAGGGCCAGGCCCAACGGAAGAACAAGGCUCAGAUAAAGAAAGAGAAUACGACGGAGGAUGCCGAGGCAUAUAGCAAACCUGGUGCUAACUCAAUGUCCAGCAGCAAAAUACCAACAGGGAGUGAAGAAGACGGUGGUCGAGCCAGCCACAUGAAAGAAGAGAAUACGGACGAUGACCGAGAUUAUGCCAGAGGGAAUGGAGAGAGGGAGAGGGAGAUAAAGAAGGAGAGUGGGACGCCUGAACCAGAGGAGUCCAGGGAGGCAGAGGAUUGGCCCCAUGAGGGCCACCACAAAGGGGACAGUGGCAACGGGUACCAGGGCAAAGAGGCUGGACCGAGGGAACCUCUCCACCCUACCACAGGACUGGACCCUCCUCCGCCUCCCCCACAGACUGACAGGGACGUGCCCCCCUCAGCCAAGAAGACCAAAUUCCGCCCCCCGCCGCUCAAAAAGCCCUCAGACGCCAUUGAAAAGGUCCUGUCGGGGUCCUAUUUCGAGGAGCGCUUUGCCGAGCUGCCAGAGUUCAGACCAGAAGAAGUGCUGCCCUCUCCCACCCUACAGAGUCUGGCCACCUCCCCCCGAGCCAUACUGGGCAGCUACCGGAAGAAGAGGAGGAACUCCACAGACCUGGACUCGUCUGCAGAGGACCCCAGCUCUCCCAGGAGGAAGGCUGCCGCUCGGAGCCGUCUCUCCAGCUGCAGCUCGGAGCCCAACACACCAAAGAGCGAGGUCAAGUGUGAGGGGGACAUCUUCACCUUCGACAGAGCUGGUGCUGAGUCUGAGGAUGUCCUGGGGGAGAUGGACAAAGUGCCGUACUCCUCUCUCCGGAGGACUCUGGACCAGCGCAGGGCUCUCGUUAUGCAGCUCUUCCAGGAACACGGCUUCUUCCCUUCAGCUGAAGAUCAGGGAGGUGAGGCAGAAGAUCAUGCAGACAGCCACACCUGGAACCCCCCGGAAUCUCUGAGCCCGGCGGGUCAACAACAGGGGUCAUGGGUUCAACGGACUCCGCCUCGGCCGCCAUCGGCUCCUCCAAUACCAACACUCGAGAUGGUACAGGGACGGAGCCAGGAGAAAGAGGGCGGAGUCCCGAGGAGCCCAGGAACGUGGGCAAAUUGUAGGAAUGGAAAGAAGGAGAAAUGGAAAGAAGGAGAAAAGCAAGAGAAUAGAGAAGGUGGAGAGAAAGUGUCAAAAAAGAGAGAGGAGUGUUGAUGUGUCCCACAGCAUGUCCUUGUACAUGUAGUAACAGGACAUCAGUUUCACUUCGGCACAGUUCUGUACUGGCUGUACCCUCAGCACAUUUGUAGUUUGACACAGAACAUUCUGUGGUACACACCAGUGGAGGCUGGUGGGAGAAGCUAUAGGAGAGGGGGAUGGCUGGAAUGGAUUCAUUGUAAUGGCUGGAAUGGAAUAAAAGGACCGGAGUCAAGCACGUGGUUUCCAUAUGUUUGAUACCGUUCCAUUUAUUCCACUCCAGCCCUUACAACGAGCCCGUCCUCCUAUAGCUCCCCCCACCAGCCUCCACUGGUACACACAUUCUUACUGUCUCUCUCUCGCGCACACACACCCCACCAACUCAGACUGUUACUCUUGGGUGGCAGUCACGAGCAUUGUCACACAGAUGUACACAACGGCACUUUGUAACAAUUUGUGCGGAUUCAGUUUGCAGCCCUCUGUUGCCAUUGACUUCCCUCCCUCCACUCCUCAGCACAGUGGUUGGGAUGUAUCCAAUGUAACAUCCACUGAAAUUCCACAGCCCCUCUAUGCUGCAACAACAGACAGCACUGAACUGGACACACACUGCACACACACAGUCUGCCAGUCAACUCAACACUCGCCUGACCAAGCCUUUGGCCUGCACAGUUUUUAGAGAUUGGAGAAAGUGAGUCAACCAUUGGCUCCCGAAAAAGGGAGGCUGGACUCAGCGUGACCAUUGACCAAUCCCUGGCCCAAUCAGUAAUCAACGUCACAGACAGGCUGAGUUCCUAUUGGCUGGAGAGGAUAUUGUAUAUUGAGGUUUCCCCCCUUGUGGACGCCGUUAUGAGAUAUGUAAAGCUUGAAGGGUGAUGCGUGACAAAGCAACAAACUCAACAUUGGUUGGCUGUAAACGAGCACAGAGAAAGGCUGAACGAGACAAAUCGUCCAUUCAUUGGUCAACUCAAGAGGCUGCGGAUUCCACCAAGGAAGCCGGAAGCAGAUGAUGUGACAUGGCUCACUUGGCUCCCAAGUGACAGUUGACAAGCAAAAGUAGAUUUAUAACCAACGUCUAGGAGUCACCCAGUGGAUAUGUUGCUUUAUCUUGUAUUGUUGCAGUGGAAAUAACACGUUUUUUUCUGUGGCCUGUUUUCUCUCUUGUGGCUCUAAUUGGUGUUUCUCCAGCAUAAACUUAUAUAAAAGGGGUUUGGAAACAGCCCACGCAACCCCUCUUCUAAAUUUUACUUUGGGCCAUUCCCCCUCUCCCAUGACUGCUCAGUAGACACAUAGAGGAGGGGGCAGGCAGUUUGUUUUUAAACGUUGAAAUCAGGUGUUUGCACAAUGUGUGGUCUUGUGACUGCAAUUUAAAUCAGGAAAGUAUUAUUUUUAGAGAUUGUUUCUUAGAAAUAACCUUGUUGUUCAAUGUUAUCAAUCCCCCCUUCUUCCAUUUGGAGCCCCUUUCCCCCUUGCUUCCUUUCCCUGCCCCUCUAACUAACCAAGUGUUGUUAGAAAGUGCCCUUAAGCACUGGUCCAGGGUCAGUUCUGUUACGUAGCUCAGGAUGGCUCUGGUUAGAGUUUAGUUCAGGGAAAACAGAUCCUAGACCAGCCCCGUAGGGCAUUCUCUGGAGCCCUUCCCUCUCUGCCACUUUAUUUUUUUCCCUUAUUAAAUGGUGCAAUAGGACAUUUGGAAUGGGUGGGUUAUGUGGGUCUGUGCCAUAGAUAUUUACAGUACAGUCAGAAGACCCAUUCUAACAACUAUGGCAUAAGAAGAACUCUCUGAGAUUGCUAUAUUUGAAGAGAUAGAGCAUAGCUAACUAACUAAAGUCAAAGACAUUCAAAUAGCACUUUUUGCCUCUUCACUUGUUUUGGGAAGAGUUGGGGUAGUUAUGGGUGUACCUUUAUUUCUCUGUAUACAGUUGGAUGUGUGAAAAAUAUCUAUAUUUCCAUAUGUGCAUAUAGAUGUUGUGUGUGUGUUUGCGCACAUGCAUGUAUGGACUCGGCCACACCCUUCACAUACCAUACAAUAAGACAUUAUCAAUCAUAUGUUCUUCACAUAUACUGGAGGCAGUAUUUUUUUUACAGUCACCAGGACUAUUAUAUGCCACCUUGACUGUUAUUUUAAUGAGAUAGUCCAAGAUCAAACGCAUAGAAUUUAUCAAAGAUUUGUUGAGUCUUGCAAAGGUGAGGCGUGAAAUGAUUCCGGGAACAUGCAUGUGCGCACGCAAACACACAGACAUACAUACACACACACGAAUGCGUGUACACUGUAUGAUUGUGCUUAAAAUAAACUGUCCAUACCUUGGAGAAGGAAUUUUAGAAUGAGAGAGAUGAGUGUGAGCUCAUAAACAGGCAUGUUGACCAUGUGCAAUAUUUCUAAGCAAAAUAAACAACUAAAUAUUGAAAAUAUUAAAAGACCUA